AUGGCUCGUUACGGCGAAUAUGGAGUAGAAGGACCUGUUAUAGGUCUUUCUACGAAAGAAGCUUUAACUAAAUUAAAGCUUGCAAUAAGUGAAGAAUUAGAAAAAGAAGAAGUAAGAUUUUUAUCUGAAGCUUUUAAUUCAUUUCCUACAUGGAUUAAAGUGGCCUUCCAUCAUAGAAGCUGUCAUUCUACUUUUGCUUGGACCAGUGCAAUGAUUAUGUCUUUUGAAAUCUUAAUGCUUUGUGUUUACCAAGCUUAUGGAAGCCAAAAUUACAGGAUAAAAUCAAUUGCUGCAGAAAUAUUUUUUCUUAUUCUUUUUCUUCUCUUCAAUUUGUUCAUUGUUGCAUGGGAUAGCAGAUUACGUCAUACCGAAAUGUAUUCAAAAAUUAAAGCAAUUGUCAACAAUCUCCAAGGUAAGAUAAGAAUAGUAAAAAAAGGCCAGUACUCCAAUCUUCAUACACCUCAGUCGCCUUGCAUUUCAGUUCAGUGGACUUAUCGUGAUGGACAACUAGUAAAUCUUCCCUGUUCAUUACUCGUUGAAGGAGAUGUUAUACUUCUGAGACCUGGGCAUUCUGCUCCAGGGCACUGUAAAUCAUUGAAUAAGAAGCACUCAUUAGAACUGCAGUUGGAACGUGGUCAAAUGUUUGCUCCCGCCAAAGAACACUUGCCUGAAAAUUUCAACAGUCCAUGUAUCAGGAAACCAGCUGCAACUGAAAAUUUUAUAUUGCUAGAAACACCAUUUCUAAAUGGAAUUAGGCAUGCUCUUCGAAGCUCUUUGAAACGACCAGUGUCUUUAUUUAGUAAAGAAUACCAUGCAGUUGUUUUUUAUUAUGUAGAAAGAUUUGUUAUUCCAGCUGCAAUUGUUUUAUCAAUCUGUAUAGGAGGGGUUUGUGCUGCAUAUUUUGAUUCUAACACCAGUGAGUGGACAGAGCAUUUAUUGCUUCGACCUGUAUUGGCUGUAUUGCCUCUUGUGCCAAUUUCAUUGCCAACUUGUUGGAUUUUAUUAAAUGCUUUUGGGAACUCAUACCUUCUCGGCAUGGUGAAGAGCCUGGAACAUAAAAAGCCUGUUGAUCCUUUUGAUGAAAUUGAAGAGAUAAGUUCCCCAUCUUUUGAACACAAAUUGAAAUGGGAAGAUUUAAAACUUUUAUUUUGUGCUCUUUUGUCUGGCAAGGGUGGUUAUUUGUGGCGAACUGCUAACUUGUUGCAAGUAUUGGGAAGUGUUACAACAUUAUGCUGUGUUGACAAAAAGGGCAUCUUAUCGUGGCCAAACCCUACUGCUGAGAAAGUUUUUUUCUUAAAAUCUCCGAAAAGCAAGUCUAAUUCCGAGGAGAGUACUCAAAGCUGUGAAGAUGUUGUGGACAAUGAACACAUUGGGGAUAUGAACUGUUUAAAUGAAGAAGUUUUAGAAUUGAAGAGGUUGACAAAACUGAACAGACGCUUGGAUAUUAAAGAUCACAUUUAUCAUCCUGGAAGUCAAGUUGAAGUUUUGGAUUUAACUCAUAAUGUUCAUAGUCCAUUUGGAAUACAAUUUGAUGAUCCAAAUUGGAAGUUUUACAUCGGCAACUUAAAACCUUUGGGUUUGGGAAUUCUGCUGAAUACAUGUAAUCCUAAGGCUCAAGAGCAUUAUACAUGCUUUUCUGAUCACAUUGCUUGUGAGUCACUAUAUAAUGAUGCUGCAGUGCCUGUUGUGAACAAAAGGUGCUUGUGUGAAUUGGCUAAACAAAUAGGUUUUUCCGAUUCAGUUGUGCAUUUCUAUGAUCUUGAACAGCAGUUGGGUAUUUUUCGGCAUGUACAUCCAGAAGUAGUACAAAAGGGCAAGCUUGCUAGAUCAUUAAACUUUCCUCGCCUAAAAAUGCCUUUUCCAAAUUUGUCUUGUGUUGUUGUGAAAGAUCUCCAUAGAGGCAGCUAUCAGUUAUUUUCACAAGGAACAGCUGAUCUUGUUCUCGAUGCCUGCAAUGAGUAUUGGGAUGGAGAUGACAUUUGCAUUCUUACUGAUUCUGACAGGAAAAGAAUAUUAGAUUUUUAUCACAGAUCAAGCUUAACUGCUCAUUGUAUGGGUUAUGCAUACAGUCCACUUAAUAAAUCAAUUAAUGGAAUUUUUUCUGAUAUGUACAUUGAGCUUCCUGCUGAAGGAUAUCAUUUGUUCUCUGCUUUGAAAAGCACUACUUCAUCGCCUAGAUCAUGGGAUACCCCUCCAGCAAUGAAUGGUUGCAAUCGUCAGCAUUCUUUGAAUCGUUACCUCAGCAGUGAUUCUUUGAUUCUAUCAGAGCAGGUUGAAAAGUUAGAGGAAUUGAAUUCAGGAAAAACUAAUGGUCUCCAUCAGCUUGGCAAUGAGAUUUUUAUUGGCAUGGUGACAAUGCAGUAUCAAGCUUGUCCUGAUUUUGUGCAACUCAUUGAACAUUUGGAUAAAGCAUGCAUACGUUUUGUGCAUUUUUCAAAAGAAAACGAGUUACGAAGCAGAGUUUUUUCUGAAAAAAUGGGAUUAGAAUCUGGUUGGAACUGCCACAUAUCCCUACUUAGCAAUGGAACAGGCUCUAAGAACCAGAUGGAUGAUCAGACUGUUUCUCCAUUGACUUUUUCUCGCCAUUAUCAAUUCCCAGGAAUUUUAGAAGAUUCAAGUUUAGUUGAAAAUCGAAACGAAGUGCCAACACGACAUGCUAGUGCUCCAAGUAUUAUUAACAUAGAUACAAAUACUUUAAAGGUGGAGGAACAAAGUACUAAUUCUAAAAGUGAAAAUUCUACUUCUGAGUAUAAUACACUAUCUUCCAGACACCAUGCUGAAAUUGAUGGACAAUUCCUUAAUGGUGAUUCUUUACUUACAAAUAAAAAGUCAGUUUCAUCUGUACAAGAUAUAUUUGUAAUUGAUGAAGUCAAUUUGUCGCAUUCACCUAGUCAUAUAACCGAAAGUACCGAUCAAAGUGCUCCUGUGACAUUUGAUAUGUCUAACAGAGCAAAAUUACCAAAAGGGACAGAAAACAUAAGGCCUCAUAUUGAGAAUGUUGACAAUGUUCCUCUUCAAGUGUCGUUGUUCACUGAUUGUACUGCUGAGGCAACGAGAGAAAUGAUAUGCAUCAUGCAAGAGUAUGGAGAAGUGGUUUGCUGUUUAGGAAGCUCUGCAAAUACUGAAAAUAUGCCCAUAUUUUUACAAGCAGAUGCAAGCAUUGGUAUUGAGCCAUUACAUCCUCAAUUGUGCAUACAGCAACCUGUAUUUAGUUUGGCCUCAAACCAAAAAGGCCCAUCAGAGCUUAGUUGUCUUCUUAAUAGUUUACCUUGUGGGUUGUAUUUUCAAAGAGAUGAGCCUAUAAGUCUCUACCACUUAAUUAUGGAGGCAAGGCAUUUUAUGUGUUCUGUUCGAAAUGGCCUUCAGUUCAUGUUGUGUUGCUGUCUAAGCAUUAGUCUACUCCAAGUCAUUGCAGCUAUGUUUUUCCUGCCUUUAGUCUUACCUCUAGCUCAUUUAUUGUGGAUGAUUUGUUUAGAGAUACCUUUGCUCAGUUUGUCUUUGUUGGGAAAUCCUGUUGAUUCUAAAGUGAUGAUGCUGGCCACUGGAAAAAAUUUAAAAGUUGCUAAUAAACAGGCAUUUUUUUUCUUCAUUGCCUGCUUCUGUACCAAAUUUUGUCCUUCUGUGCUGAUUGCAGUGUUUAGUUUUGCUUGCAUCAUGUCCAGUUUUUGUAAUCUUUACUUGGCUAACGGCAACCAUGUAUGUUGGAUAUUUCUUGAUCUGAGUAAGUCCAAUAAAAGGAUAAAUUCUUCAGAAUCAUGGGUAGCAGCAUUAACAGUUAGUCAAAACAUAUUGUCUUUGUUUCUUAUUCUAUGCUUUGUUUUGGUAUCCAUGAGUUUUGUUCAUCGGUCACAAUUAUUAUGGAAAAGCAAUGUAUUUGCUAAUAAAUUUUGGUUCAUCACGUCCAUUUUUGUAAUUUGCUUACAGAUAAUAUUUAGUAUUACUGAUGUCUGCAUUCAUGUUGACAAUAGAGAAGAGCCUCUACAGAAAUUAAAUGAAAUACCAUAUUAUGUAUGGCUAUUAUUUGGGUUAUGGCCAUUUUUUGUUGUUCCUUUGAAUGAACUAGUUAAACGUCAUGAGAUCAAAGUUAACGUCCGCCAACAAAAAAGGGCACGGCUGGAGUUCUGCACAAAGCUGGGUAUGAAUUCCCCGUUUUGA